AUGGCGCUCUUCCACAGCCCACGCGACGUGCAGGCCGCGCUCGCGGGCCGCAUCGCCGCCGUCUUCAAGCAGGCCACCGAGGACACCGACGCGUGGGUGCGCGCCGUCGCAGCGGCCCUCGGCGACCCGUCGCAGCCCCAACCCUCCCCGGCGAAGCUCCUCGCGAUGCCUCCGGUGAAGCGCACAGUCGACGAGGUCACCGCGAUCCUCGACGCGCAGACAAACCCGCCGCCGCCGCCCGAGGCCGCCUACCUGACGCCGUCCGCGCUGGCGCAGGCAGGCCUCGCUGUUGCGUCGCCCGCGCACGGUGCGGGCGCGAACGGGGGGGCGGGGGGCGCGGAGGGCGCGCACACGCACUUCCACGCGCGCGCACCCGUCGUCCCUGCGCAUGCGCUUCAGGUCGUGCCGCUCCCGAGCGACACACCCCCUCGGACCCCCCCCAGUCACUCCCCUAAGGAGGGGCGGAAACGCAAGCGGCGGCGCGGGGGGGUCUCGUUCGAGACAGGCAGCGCGCCCGGGGACGGCGCGGGCAACGGCGUCGCGGAGGCGGGGGCCGCGCCGGGCCCGCCGUCGAGCUCGGACCUGCAAUGGGAAGACGCAGGGGGGGGGGCAGUCGCGGGGGGGGGUUCCGGCGCGAAGAGCGGCGCGCGGACAGUGAGCCCAGGGACAGUGCCGUCGCGGCAGUGGCGCGCGACGUCGAGCGCGGCCCAGCCGUCGAGCCCACAGCUGCUCAGUUCGCUGCACACUGGGGAGGGGGGGCUGGAGCAGCCGUCGUCGCUGGCGGUGCCGAGCGCGUCGCCGCGGACGGGGCCGACGAGCGGUCUUCUGCCGUCCUUCUCGAUGGGCAACCUCGACCGCGGCGACGACGAGGACGAGAGCGGGAGCAUGGAGGGGGGUGGGGAGGACGGGACGGGGGGUGUCGCGGGGGGGUCUGGCGCGGGCGCGAGCAGCGACGCGGACGACGGGGGCGAGGACGGGGGCCUGGACGGCGAGGGGGGCUCCGGGGCGGGCAGCGGGGGGGAGUAUACCCUGGGUGGGACACAGGGCGACCCUUGGUACAACAACAGUGUCGAGGAGUGGUAG